AUGUCCUUUGCCCCUCCCCCAGGUCCACCACCCCCGCCGGUGCCGGCAGGUUGGAAGGCCCAGUACGACGACCGGUACAAGCAAUGGUUCUUCAUUAACCUCAAAACCGGUGUUUCGCAAUGGACAGCUCCUGAAGAAGCAUCCUCGUCCGGUCCGCCAAGCGAUGCCCCGCCAUCAUACUCGGGCCCUGGCAAUGCCGCAAGCGACGAUAAAUCGCGUUUAAGCUCGAAUAAUCCGUAUAGCCACAGCGCUCCUACUCCUCGAGACAGCAGUGGUAAUGUCGACGAAGAUGCCAAAUUGGCUGCCCGGCUGCAAGCGGAAGAAGAUGCGCGAGCGAGGGGCGUCGGAGGCUCCUCCGACCGCCCCGGUUCGCGCGGCGCAAGUUCAGAUUAUUACAGUGGCUCAUCACCGUCGAUACCACCGCGACCGGAUUCGGGAAGUGCACCGCUACCUCCUGAUGAUCGCCAGCGUGGUGCGCGGGGUCUCUUGGGGAAGGUGUUUGGCAAGUCGUCGUCUAGCAGCCAGCCUCCUCAACAAGGUUAUGGUGGUGGGUAUGGACAACAGCAACAGCAAUAUCCGCCACAGCAGCAAUAUGGAUAUGGUGGUCCUCCUCAGCCGCAGUAUGGGUAUCCUCCUCAAGGCGGGUAUCCCCCACAGGGUGGAUAUUAUCCUCCCGGUCCUGGGUAUGGCGGCUAUGGUCCUGGCCCUGGAUACGGAUAUCCGCCUCAACAACAACAACAACAACAACAGGGUAGGACCGGUGGCGGAGGAAUGGGUACAAUGGGGGCUGCUGCCCUAGGUGUCGGCGGUGGUCUUUUGGCCGGUGCGCUGAUUACAGAUGCAGUCGAGGAUCACGAUGAUCAUGAGUAUCAACAGGGAUAUGACCAGGGUUACGAUGACGGUGGUGACGGUGGUGAUUUCUAG